UUCAUUAAAAGAAACGAUAUCGUUUUGGCGCAAAUUUUAUCGUGUACCACGCACCACAAAGCAUUGUGGUCCAAGUAACAAAAUGACGUCGUUUUGAUUAAUGAAAACAGACGAAUGAAACUGCCUCCAUUCCGCGCAAUUAUAGUUCCCUUUCAACACAACUGCAGUAUCAAUUCAACACAACUGUAGAAUCAUUUGAGAUGACAUGUAGUAUUAGUUACGGACACAACUGCAGUAUCAAUUUAACACAAAUUUAGUAUUAGUUUAACAAAACUGUAAUAUCAUUUGAGAUAAACUGUAAUAUCAAUUACGAAAAUUUAUGAGAGUCGUUUCUCCCCCUUAUUAAAACUACGUCAUGACUUUGGUCCACAAUAUAAGAACUGCCGUUUAAUUGGUCCACAAUAUAAUUUGCGGUUCUAAACAGGGCGUAGUAUGACGUUUUUGUCAGGCCCAAUAUUACUGUGAUGUUAAGGCCCAUACCAUAAGUAUCAACAGCAGCGCUGAGUUCUCCAUAGUCACAGUUAUCGCCCCUGCCUGGCCAAGCUCUGCCAUGGAUCCUCUGAUGCUCCUCCGCGAGUACACAAUCCGGAACGAGCUCGAUCGUAUAUCCCGAGUCGGCGAGGAGUACCGUUUUGGGAAUGAUUACUCCUUUCCCGGGACAAUCGAGACCGGCUACCGGUCGAAGCAGGGGAACCGCUAUACUCUCGAAACCCUAGUCCAUUUCAUCACUAACCCUAACCUCAAGCACACCGACUACAUCCAGCAAGCCCGCUCCAAUCGAAUCCACCCGGUCACUCUCCCAGACCGUAAACCCCUUCUCGAUUACCUCACCGGAAAAAUCUCAUCGUCGGAUUCCAUCGAGUUCAUCAAAUACGACGCUGCUUCUGUUCCUGCGGCCCCAACCAUCGCCGGCGCUGCAACUGAGAGCAAUGGUAAUGCAUACGUCGAGGGUAAUGUGAUGCCUGAUGCUGGGGUUCUGGAGAACCAAAACCCUAUUGAAAUGAUUCGAGCGAUGGAGAAGCCGUUGAGGGAUCGGGAGUCAAUUUUGCUCUCCAAGAACCGAGAUUUCUAUACUGUUUUGACUGCGGCAGUGCGGAGGGACGAGGAGAGGCAGAGGGCGGAGGCGUUGCAGAGAAAAGACGGUUUAGUGGCGAAAAGUCGGUUGGAGAGAGGGAUGGGGUAUGGGGGUGGUGAGGAUAUGGGCUAUGAUGGAGCUACUAAGACGAAAAUUCAUUUGAAGGGAAGUAAGAUUGGGGAGGGAGUGCCUAUUAUUCUGGUUCCUAGUGCGUUUUCCACUUUGAUUACUAUAUACAAUGUGAAGGAGUUUUUGGAGGAUGGAGUGUAUAUCCCUACGGAUGUGAAGUUGAAGCAGAUGAAUGGUCAGAAGCCAGAGUGUGUGACUGUGCAAAAGAAGUUCAGUAGAGAUAGGGUUGUCACAGCCUAUGAGGUCAGGGACAAGCCAUCUGCAUUAAAGACUGAAGACUGGGAUCGAGUGGUGGCUGUUUUUGUGCUCGGGAAGGAGUGGCAGUUCAAAGAUUGGCCUUUUAAGGACCAUGUUGAGAUCUUUAACAAGGUUAUCGGUUUCUACUUGCGGUUUGAGGAUGACAGUGUGGAGUCUGCAAAGACUGUGAAGCAGUGGAAUGUCAAGAUUAUUUCAGUUAGUAAGAACAAGCGGCACCAGGACAGAGCAGCAGCUCUUGAGGUGUGGGACAAACUUGAGGAAUUUAUGCGGUCUCGGUCACGCUGAGGUGUGUCAAGUUUAUCUAUUCUGGAGGGGGUGAAAUUAAACCCGAUGACCGUGAUGUGAGUAAAUGACUUUGACUUUGGGUAACGACUGAUCCUGCAGCCUUUGAGAAAACGUCAAGAUGCUGGCUGUUGUUACAUCGUAACUCCAAACAGUCCAUGUUUUGCCUUGUGGGUCUGUUUCACGCUCGUGUGUAUUUCUUCUUUCUAAAACAUUGUUGGCUGUUGAUGCAAAAGCUUUAUUCUGAAGAUGCAGAGCUCCAAAGCUAGCUGUGAUUAACAUUGCAAUACCAACAGUAGUAGGCAUUGUGCCAUUCCUAAUAUUACAGGUAGAUAGCAUUGUAGGUUUGUGUCAAAGCAUCGCAUUUAUGUUUAAUAGCCUCUGUUCCCGAGUUUAGUGCAUUUUCUGUACAUAGCAAUUUUGUUGUAUCGGAUUGGAAUCAAGGUGGUCUUGUGUUUAAGGAUUAUACUGUUACUGUUUGUGUUUGGCAUCCAUUUAUGUGACUGCCCAAAUUCAUUUUCCUU